AUGGCGAGCUGUGCCUCCCCUUCUACGGCGGCGGAGAGCAAGGCUGCGAGAUUCGACGGCGCCGUCGAGGCGGCCGGAGCGGCGGCGACCCAGGAGGAGCACCAACACCGGGAGGGGUCCCCGGCGGCGGCGGAGAAGCAGCACCCCAUGGCGAGGCAGUCCUCGCUGCUGUCGCUGACCCUGGACGAGAUCCAGAGCACCAUGUGCGAGCCCGGAAAGAACUUCGGCUCUAUGAACAUGGACGAGUUCCUCACCAAUAUCUGGACCGCGGAGGAGGGCAGCGCCAUGGCCAGCGUUAAAGAAGGGGGCGGAGUGGCUGGCGGCGCCCCUGCCGCCGCCGCCUGCCGGGAGGGCGCUUGGGACCCCAAGGACCAUGCCCCGCCCGUUGCGCUGCAUCGUCAGGGCUCCGUCUCCCUCCCGCCGACCCUCUGCCGGAAGACGGUGGACGAGGUCUGGUCGGAGAUCCAGCGCGACCACGGCCACCACCACCACCAGCAGGAUGGUCCGGCAGCGGCGGCGGCGCCGUCUCAGCAGCAGUACCAGCAAUCGGGGAUCGUCCCCCGGCAGACGACCUUCGGGGAGAUGACGCUGGAGGAUUUCCUCAUCAAAGCCGGGGUGGUCAGAGAAGGCGGCUGCAUCCCCUGCUCCUCCCCGCAGCGGCUGAGCCCCUUCUCUCUCCCCACCUCGCAGCAGCAGCAGCAGCAGCCAGAGCAGCAGAACCAGUACGGAGGCUUCCCCAUGGUGGGGAUGGGAUACGGCGAUCACCACCGCAACCCCGCCGCCGACGGGGUCUUCCACAGCUUCCCGCAGCGGCGGUACCAGCAGCAGGUGCCAGUGGGGAACGGCUACGCGGGCGGCGGCGGCGGCGGCGGGAGGACGAACAAUGGCCGCGCGAGGGUGGGCUCCCCGGGGAGCCCCGUCUCGUCGGACGGCUUCGGGGGGCAGUGGGCGCAAGUCGGCGGCGACGGGUCGAGGGCCGACGGGGGAGGCGGCGCCACCGGCGGAGCUACAGGGCCCACGGGGAGGAAGCGGGUCGUCGACGGGCCGGUGGACAGGGUCUUCGAGCGGCGGCAGCGGCGCAUGAUCAAGAACCGCGAGUCCGCCGCCCGGUCGCGAGCGCGGAAGCAGGUAAUACACCGCCGGUCGGCGGCGGAAAGGAGACUCUUUUCUGUGUUUCGGGUUUUUUGACGGCGAACUCCACGGGCGUGGUUUCUCAGGCCUACACGGUGGAGCUGGAGACGGAGCUGAACCAGCUGAAGGAGGAGAACGCGCGCCUCCAAGAAGAGCAGGUAAGGAAGACGACUACCCACGAACAGACGAGGAGAGUCGACUGGAGACACGCUGACUAAACAUCCUUCUUUCCUUGAUUGUUUCUUUCUUCUUCUCUGGUGGGGCGUUGACAGCGGAGAUUGGCGGCGAGGCGGCGGCAGAUGGUACGCGCGGCCGCCGUCGUUUCUUUCUUUCUUUCUUCCUGUUCUGGUGAAGAGCUGGAGAUUUUUGGGGUUUGCAGGUGCUGGAUGCGAUGGCUGAGAGGGCCCAGGUGAAGACGGGGAGGAGCUCCAAGGCACUGAGGCACUGCAACAGCUGCGUCUGGUGAUCCUGCUCAUCUCUCUUUCUCUCUUCCUUCUCUCUCUUCUCUCUCGUCUCUCGUCUCUCUCCUCUCUUUCGCGAUGUGCAGUGGAGAGCGCUGCCGCUUUCUCCCCGUACGCUUAACAUUACAACCAGGCUCGAUCAGCCCUAAGGCCCAUAAUAACAUCACCUGCAAGCUCUGCCACUCCGCCUAAACAGCUCUGCCACAGUAAAUGCGAGCGACCAGGUCCUCUCUCUCUCUCUCUCUCUCUCUGUGAUUCCCAACGCUUCGAGAGGGAGAGAAACCCGGGAAAUUAAUAAGAGAGCCCUGGUAUCGUCUCGGGGAGUCAACACAAUCCCCCGCGGAUACAAAAGUCAACGCCUGUGUGACUCAAAGGUCGCCGCCGCCGCCGCCGACGCCAAGAAUGCAUUGA